AUGGUCGAAUUUCUUACAGAUUUGCUAUCGCAGCCGCCUACCCGCCGAUAUGUCCAUGCGCUUCUGGAGGACCUCCAAAUCGUUAUUUGCAUUCGGCUUUCACCAGUUUAUGCACAGCAAGAGAAUCAGCUCCUUCGUGACUUGGUUGCUCUAUUGGAACAUUUUUAUUAUCACGACGAUAGCUCGGCAGGCGACCCCCGAAAAGCUACCCUGUCGGUUGAAUCGAGAUACCGGCGCAACAUUGCGAGGCUGCAAAAUGCAGCGCUUCAAAUGUCUAAAGGAAAACUAACAGUCCUAGGCCUAGCGAACUAUGCUUCUAUAGGGCAAAAAGACGAUCUCAGCCUUCAAAUCUCAAUGCUGGAUGAUGGAGAACUUAGCGAGAUUUACGAACGCUUACUUUUCCGCCAAAAUUACCCAGAAGGGGUUCCUCGCCAUAUUGAUCGGAGUUUCAUGCUCUGCGCUAUAGUGGAGGCCUUUUCCAAACGGGAAAGCCUAGUUGAUAUAGUUAGAAAUUCUAGUCUUCUGCCAACAGAGGAAACUUUGGCAAACAACUUGCUUCAUACUGAGCGCUACACAUGGGAAAGCCCAGUUCCGGUGCCAAAGCUUAACAUACAGUAUCUUUCAAUCAAAGAUUUCCUUUGGCGCGCUUUUUUCCUACACAGGGCUGAGUCAUUCUUUGAGAUCCAUCGGGACAUCCAGGAUACACUCCGAAGACUAAAGCCCAUUUCCCGAGCUGGCAGUGUGGCCUUCUCUGGUAACUCAAAGAUGGCAGCGCAAAUCAAUCGUCUCGCGAUACUAGAAGAAGCCCCAUCCAGAGUUGGGGAAAAUCUAGCAGCGCAUGUUCGUGCCGAGGUUUUGCUAGACCUUGGCGCUCUUAGUGAGGAUACAAAACGGGAAUGGGAAACUCUACGCCCUGAUGACGUGGUAUUCCUCUUGAGCAUUCGCGCCGGAGGGGACUACGGCCAUGGGCUCAGUGUCCGAACGCCAACAGGUGAUAAUGCAGGUGUUUAUCUCCUCCGCUGCGCUGAGGUCAUUCAGGUCUUGGGCGAUAAUAAACUUGGAAGCUUCCCGACCACAGAAAAAAGAAAGCUUCAUAUUCGUCUCGAUCGUGCAGCUUAUAUGGAAAACAACUUCAAGGCCGUACUAUCAUCAAUCAAAUGUAUAAUCGAGAACCCCGCAAACUUUGUUCCCGGGUGGUUCGAGGAUGCUUUCCUUGGUUGUGGCGACCCUAGCGAUGCAUGCUUCCCCCGAUUACUACCACUUCCAAACCGUAUCAACCUAGGUGAAACCAUCACAAGUCUUGAACACCUUCAAGAAACCUUCCCGAAAAUUCCAUUAGAUUUUGAUAUUCCGGUGCUGAAUGAUCUUGGGGUACCUUUCGUCCUUACAGAACUAAGAUCCCGCCAUUCCUCCAACGAUUCUCAAACACAUAGCAGUGCUUCACAAUAUCCCUCAUAUUCGGUUUCUAGUGGGGCUGAUCAUCCGCCGGCGUUUGUCUCGGAAGGGAGGAGCUUAAGUAACAUGACCGUCAAGUACACUGCUGCUCAAGUCCACGCUAUUCUUUCAGGCACAAACCCCGGCCUUUCUAUGAUUGUCGGUCCACCAGGAACUGGUAAAACCGAUGUGGCCACUCAGAUUAUUCACAACUUAUACCUGAAUUUUCCAAACGAGCGGACUCUCGUAAUAGCGCAUAGUAACCAGUCGCUAAACCAAAUUUUCCAGAAACUUGAAGAACGGGACAUCGAUGAACGACACCUGCUCCGCCUCGGCCAUGGAGAGGAUGAUUCACAACAACCAAGCUCGAGUAUGGGCUAUAGCAAAUUCGGGAGGAUUGAGUCCCUCGCUGACCUUCGCUCCAAGCUGCUAGAAGAGGUGGACCAAUUAUCUUCAAGUCUAGGUGCGCCCGGAGCGCACGGUAACUCCUGUGAAACUGCGUCUUAUUUCUACCGGGUUUGGAUCGAACCGCUUUGGGAGAAAUUCAAUGCGAAAAUAGCUUUGUCCCCAACCCCAGCUACCAUUCUAACCGAGUUCCCGUUUAUCGAUUACUUCUCAGGAAAGCAACACCGGUCUCUUCCAACAGAAAGCUCAUUGGAAGUGACAAUGGGUGUGGCGAAGUCAUGUUUCGAGCAUAUCUCAAAAAUAUUUUCUCAACUGGAUGAUUUAAUGCCCUUCGAGCUUCUCAGAAAUGGGCGAGAUAAAACCAAUUAUCUUUUGUGCACAGAGGCCCGAAUUAUAGCCAUGACAUCGACCUACGCGGCAAUGAAGAGAGAAGAUAUCGUUCGACAGGGGUUUCGGUACGAUAAUAUUAUCAUGGAGGAAGCAGCUCAAAUUAGUGAAGCUGAAACGUUCAUCACGUUGACACUACAGAACUCACCAGACGGGAAGUCACCAAUAAAACGUGUGAUACUUUGUGGCGAUCACUUGCAGAACUCGCCAGUGAUACAGAGCAGCCCUCUUCGUUAUUUUGCGAACAUGGAGCAAAGCUUAUUUGCGCGCUUCGUACGACUCGGUGUCCCAUUGAUCCGGCUCGACAAACAAGGCCGGGCCCGUCCAAGUAUCGCCUCCUUAUAUAGUUGGAGAUAUCCUGGCCUCGGAAACUUGGAUUAUCUUUCUCGAAGUUCCGAAUUUCUGAAAGCAAAUGCUGGCUUUCGACACGAACUUCAGUUCAUCAAUAUAGAUAAUUUUAGAGGAAAUGGGGAGCAAGAACCUUUCCCUCAUUUUAUCCAAAACCUGGGGGAAGCAGAGUAUUCAGUGGCCCUGUUUCAGUACAUGCGUUUGCUCGGCUAUCCUGCCAACAAGAUAUCGAUCCUCUCAAGCUACUCGGGCCAGCGUGCUUUGAUACGGGAUAUUAUCAACCAUCGUUGUGCCAAAAACCCGCUUUUUGGUACACCUGCACAUAUCACUACCAUAGAUAAAUUUCAAGGAGAACAAAACGACUAUAUUAUCGUAUCAUUAGUCCGGACCAAGCGUGUGGGAUACCUAAGGGACAUGCGGCGACUAACAGUUGGAUUAUCCCGGGCUCGUCUUGGUCUUUACAUAUUAGGCCGACUCGAGAUCUUUCAGACAUGCUAUGAGCUAAAAAAUGCUUUCUCACGCCUCCUUCAGUUACCCACGAAGUUGGAACUAACGACUGGGGAAAUGUGGCCGACCGAGAGACUUGUCACCGGUUCAGUAGAGGCCACGGUCAUCGAAGGGGUUGAGCACCUUGGAAAAUACGUCUUUGAAAUGACUGAAGCAAAACUUGCUUCACUGAAAAUUCAAAGCCAGUAA